UCCCCUGGCCUGAUAGAUUGUCUUGUCAAAAGAAAAGAAUCGACAUAUGUUAUAUGAAUGUCUCUCAGCCUGUGCUCAUGAUCUCUAGUAGGAAAUCAGCCACUCGUUUAGAGCUUUCUUUUUCCUGCAAUCCAUAUGUCUUUGAUUUCAACCGGGACCCUUCAGAGAAGCAUGCGCAAGAUUGUCUUCCGACAAAGCUGAAGUCUUAAUUACUACUGAGUUCUUGACAAUUUGUUGGAAGACAGGUCCAUGUGAUCCUUCAAUUGGUUAUGUCUACAACAAAUCUCCAACCCCAAUGCCUCUACACCACAUUUGGGAUACUUAAUUCAUCUAUAUAUAUGCAUAUGCAUACACAUCAAAUAACAGCCACAAGUCCUUAGAUCCUCACAUUCUUCUCCUCCCUUUUCGUCUGUGAUCUGCACAAUCUUUUUGGCAAAAGUAAAGAGAGAGAUAGGCAAUGGCUAUUCGUUUGCGUGGUAUUUUACAUGCAAAACACAUUCUCCGCAGAUCCAACUCAUUUGCCAAGCAAGCAGCUUCAAUGUCUUUCGAUGUUCCAAAAGGAUACUUUGCAGUGUACGUUGGAGAGGGCGAAAAGAAACGAUUCAUAAUUCCAGUGUCAUUUCUGAACCAGCCUUCAUUUCAAGAAUUGCUAAGUACGGUUGAGGAAGAAUUUGGUUUUGAUCAUCCAAUGGGUGGUCUCACAAUUCCCUGCAGCGAAGACAUCUUCAUCAAUCUCACUUCUCGCUUGCAUGAAUUGUUGUGAUACGACUCGGCAUUCAUGUCAUAAUUGAAGAAAGGGCAAGAGCUUCUCCCUCUCCUGAAUAAUGUGGGAUCUCAUUUACCAUUAUUUUAUACUCACUCCAAGAUAUUACAACUAAUUAAAUUAAAUGAACAGUGACAAUUUUGUAACUCUUAUGUACAUUCUAUUUCUAUUUGGUAGAAGAUGAGAGUAGGGGAUUGUUUACUCACUAAAAAUGUUACAAUCACUUAUAAUUUUUUAAACAAUCUCGAGUUUAAAUUUAUUCUCUUCA